AUAAACUCACCCGUUUGCGUGGUUCUGUAUUCUCGUUAUUGUUUAGAGAGAGAACUUACCAAAAAAGAGGUUUUGAAAUAGAGAGAUUGUGGGUGUGUUUUACAGGGUCGACGGUUGAUUUCUCAGUUUUAGAGAGAGGGAAAGAGAGAGUGAGAGCGUUUCCACGAAUUUCAUACAUUGGCGAAUCUUUUAUCCUUCGUUGGCGCGGUCCGUAGAUCUGAUAGGCAAACCCUAGAUUUUCAGUUGGAGGGUUCGAAUCUCUCCUGAUCUCUGUGCCGAAGCUUUAUGGCGCAUCGAAGAUCGAAAUUAUUGUUCCUGAUAUGCGUUUUAUCGCACGUUCUAAUCGCCAUUGCAGGAAAGAGCUAUUAUGAUAUUCUUCAAGUUGCAAAGGGUGCUUCAGAUGAACAGAUCAAAAGAGCAUAUCGGAAGCUCGCACUGAAGUAUCAUCCUGAUAAGAACCCUGGAAAUGAAGAAGCUGACAAGAAAUUUGCGGACAUCAAUAAUGCUUAUGAGGUGCUAUCGGAUAGCGAGAAGAGGAGUAUAUACGACAGGUAUGGUGAAGAAGGUCUGAAACAGCACGCUGCCAGUGGUGGCAGAGGUGGUGGAAUGAACAUCCAAGACAUAUUUAGCUCGUUUUUUGGUGGAGGCCCAAUGGAAGAGGAAGAGAGAAUCGUGAAAGGUGAUGAUGUCAUUGUGGAAUUGGAUGCAACACUAGAGGACUUGUAUAUGGGAGGAUCACUGAAGGUUUGGAGGGAGAAAAACAUUUUAAAGCCAGCCCCGGGUAAGAGACGUUGUAACUGUCGAAAUGAGGUCCAUCACAGGCAAAUUGGUCCAGGGAUGUUCCAACAGAUGACAGAGCAGGUCUGUGAACAGUGCCCAAAUGUGAAAUACGAAAGGGAGGGGUAUUUUGUCACUGUUGAUAUUGAGAAAGGAAUGCAAGAUGGUGAAGAGGUGGUUUUCUAUGAAGAUGGUGAGCCUAUUAUUGAUGGUGAAGCUGGAGAUCUGAAGUUUCGUAUACGUACUGCACCCCAUGAUCGUUUCAGAAGGGAAGGCAAUGACCUGCACACAACUGUGACUAUAACACUGGUGCAAGCUCUUGUUGGUUUUGAGAAAACCAUUGAACACCUCGAUGAUCAUUUAGUGGACAUUGGCUCAAAGGGAAUUACAAAGCCCAAGGAAGUAAGAAAGAUUAAAGGUGAAGGGAUGCCAUUACAUUUUAGCACAAAGAAGGGUGAUCUAUACGUCACAUUCGAGGUUCUUUUCCCUACUUCACUAAGAGAGGACCAGAAAACAAAGAUAAAGGCUAUUCUUGGUUAGGAUAUAGAACUAUACAAUUUCGCUGGGUCCUAAGUUGUUCCCAUUGUAACAUGAUGAGGCCUAGAUUCAGGCAGCCAGAGAAAUUUUUUCCCUCUUAUCAGUUUAACAAGUAAUACAUAUUGCUUUAAGGUAUUCUGCGCCUGACGUAGUCUUUCUAAGUUUCAAGGACUCUUAGCACUCUUCUUUUUUUUUUUUUUUUUUUUUUUAAAUUUGGGGUAUGGUUUCUUCCUCAAUUCGGAGUCAUAUAAAGGAUUACAACAGCGUUGAGCUUGUAAAAGUGCUACAUUUUUGCUUUAUUAUUAUUAUUUUAAUUAAAAGGUAUUAUAUUUA